AUGGUAGCGAAUUCCAAAUCAUCGCGCCGUAGUCCCAACACGCGUGUUUUUUUGGGGCGGCAAGGCUCCGGCGGCCUUCGAGAGAUCACUUCGCGAUCGCCCGGCGUACUCAUGUUCGGGGUCGCUCCUGUUGCUUGUUCCAUAGUGUUUGCCCUUGCGAAUGGGAAACGCGUCUGGGUCUCUAAAGGCUGGGAAAUGCUUAUCGAUAAUUGGUUACCAAUCUCCCGGGACGAUCUAUCAAACCUUGAUUAUCUGGAUCAAAUCACACUGGAGGGAGGAGUGUGUGCCCAGAAGAUCCUGGCCCCCAUGCGGUUACGGUGA